AUGAAGGCCAUUCAUGUGGAAAAGUUUGUCACAGAAAUUCAUAUCAAGAUCACACAUUCAGCUGUAACGCACGUCGAUCUUCUGUAUGCCCAAGGUCUGCACCAGAACAACCGACGUCAUGUUAAGCCUCCGUUUGUGUUAGGCACAGAGUUCUCUGGCAUUGUCAUAUCCAGUCCUCCCAAAUCAUCUUUCAGGCCUGGUGCCCGCGUGUUUGGGGGCGGGUUAGGUGCUUAUGCUGAAGAAAUCUGGGCUUCUGAAGAAGCGAUACGUCAUGUACCGGAGCAAUGGACGAAUGCUGAGGCGUGUGCGGUGGGUAGCAGUGGAGCAGUAAGUUACGGCGCAUUGAUUGAUGUCUGCAAAGCCAAAGCUGGAGAAACUGUACUCGUGUUGGGUGCGAGUGGGGGUCUCGGAGUUAUGGCGGUACAGAUUGCAAAAGCUAUUGGCGCAAAGGUUAUUGCCGUGGUUGGUGACGAAGAGAAAGGUGCUAUGGUCAGAAGUAUUGGCGCAGACGCUAUUGUUGACUACCACGACAAGAAUUGGGAAGACCGUGUCAAACAACUAACGAAAGACGGCGAGGGCGUAGAUGUAGUGUACGAUGGCAUUGGCGCUGUGGAGAGUGGAGUCAAGUGUUUGAAGUACCGUGGUCGUCUGGUGAUUGUGGGGUUUGCAGCAAGGAACGGAAACAUUGAGAACAUCCGUGCAAACCGCAUCCUUCUCAAGUCAAUAGCAGUGCAUGGUUAUCGAUUUGGCGAAGAUGGGCGACGGGAUCCACAGAGGACAAAGGAUGUAUGGGAUGGCUUCGUACGCUUAGUUGAGGCAGGACGUAUAAAGCCGGUAGUUUACAAAGAGAACUAUCAUGGGCUGGAAGCAGUUGGUAGGGCGCUGGAGGAUGUGAGGGCGCACAAGGCUUGGGGGAGAGCAGUGGUGAGAGUAUGUGAGGACGAGGACAAGGACAAGGCGAGACGUUCAUUCAUCACUUCACAUUUCCCCACCACCAUGGCGUCCUAUGGAAGCGACCCAGAGGACGAGGAGGAGGACUUCAACCCUGCGCCCGAAAUUGACGAGGAUGACGUCGCCCCUCGCGGCAACGCCUCGCGCAGACCCGCCGCUGAAGAUGACGAUGAUGAAGGCGAUGGGAUCAACAUGACAGGCAACGACGACGAAGAUGAAGAAGGUGGCGGCAUAGAUGUCGACGAUGACGACGACGACGAUGAGGAUGACGAUGAGGACGAAGAAGACGACGACGACGAAGAUGUUGUCGCUCGACCUGCCAAACGGAGAAAGAAGGCGAAGCGCAAUAUGUUCAUUGAUGUCGAAGCCGAAGUCGACGAGGACGAAGAAGAAGAGGAAGAAGGCGACGACGAAGGUGUCGAUGAAGUGCAUCCAGAUGACCUCCUCGAGCCCACGGGCGCCGACCUCGAUGACCGUCACCACCGCGAGCUUGACAUGCGCCGUGAGGUCAACGCUCAAAGGGACGUUGAAGAAAUCGCAAAGGAGUUUGACGAAAAGUACAGGCGGAGGGAAAUGCAGAGCGCCCGUCGCGGUGGUGCAGGCGCUGUACCUCUGGCGCUGCCCACGGUUGACGAUCCGUCCAUUUGGGGUUGCAAGUGCCGUCCUGGAAAGGAACGCGAGAUCAUCAUGGCAAUUCAAAAGCGCCUUGACGACAAGAUUCGCACCGGCCAGCCUGUGCAGGUCUACUCGGCCUUUGAACGGGGUCCUACAGGACCACAGUCUGGGUUCCUUUACGUUGAAGCCGACUCAAAGCAGGCUGUUGUGGAGCUUAUUGAGGGUAUCCAGAAUGUCUUCAUGGGCUCUGGCCAGUUCUCGAUCCCCCCGAAGGAGCGCCCGGAUCUCCUCCGAAAGAAGAAGCGUGCGCCAUUGGAGGUUGGAAAAUUUGUGCGCAUGCUGCGGCCACCCACAUACAAGGGCGAUCUUGCAAAGGUUGUCGAAGUCUCGACCAACGGUCUCGACUGUGUCGUACAACUCGUCCCACGUCUGGACUAUGGCCUUAACGACGAUGCAAACGCUGGAGACAACAAGCGCAAGCGAGGCUUCUUCGGACGACAAACUGAGCGCCCCCCUGCGAAACUGUUCAAUGAAGCCGAGGCGAAGAAGCGACACAUGAAGCAUCUUAGCAUGACUGGAUCGGGCAACCAGAGGGCAUACACAUACAAGGGUGAAGACUACCAGAAUGGCUUUCUCAUCAAGGAAGUCAAGGUCAACUGGGUCAGCACUGAGAAAGUCAAUCCCAAGAUGGAGGAGCUGCAAUUCUUCUCCAUUCAGAAUGCUGACGGUACCGAGACCAUGGAUCUUCUAGCUGUUCAGGCUGCGCAAAAGGCCGCCGACUCCGGAUCUGCUUUUGCCGCCGGCGAUAACGUUGAGAUCUACACUGGCGAACAAAAGGGCAUUCGCGGUACGACUGUCACCGUAACGGGCGAUAUUGUCACGCUGCGAGUGAGCGAGGGCGACCUGAGGGGCAGAAGGAUCGACGCUCCUGUCAAGACACUGCGAAAGCUGUUCCGUGAUGGUGACCACGUCAAAGUCAUUGGUGGAAGCAAAUACGUCGAUGAAGUUGGUCUCGUUACAAGAAUCAAGGACGACAAGAUCACGCUGCUCUGCGACUCGACACAGCAGGAAAUCACCGUCUUUAGCAAGGACCUGAAGCGUGCUGCGGACUCGGCAAACGUCGGCGCCGACUCCAACUUUGACCUCUACGACUUUGUACAGAUUGAUGCUUCCACCAUUGGUUGCGUUGUUCGUGUCGACCGCGAAGUUCUGCGAAUUGUCGAUCAACAAGGCGAUGUUCGCACACUCCUCCAUACCCAAGUCUCACAGAUUGUCGGCCGAAACAAACACGCAGUAGCGACCGAUCGCGACGGAUCUGAAAUCAGACAUGAAGACGACGUCAAGGAGCACGGCGGUGAAGGGCGACAAGGCAAGGUUCUGUACAUCCACAGAGGUACACUCUUUGUCCGAAACCGUGAACUUGUCGAGAAUCAGGGUAUCUUUGUGGUGCGCAGCAACAACGUAGUCACCAUGGCGGCAAAGAGCGGUCGUGCUCAAGCUCAAGGUCCUGAUCUCAGCGGUAUCAACCCUGCUCUCAACGCAGGCGCAAACGGGAACGCGAGUGCCAUGCCGCCACCGCGAGCUUCUUUUGGCCGUGACAAGCUAAUUGGCAAGACUGUGACGAUCCGUAAGGGCGCUUACAAGGGUCUUCUCGGAAUUGUUAAGGAUACGAUGAACGACGAAGCGCGCAUUGAGUUGCACACCAAGAACAAGCAGGUUUCCGUAAAGAAGGAGCUUCUCACAGUCAAGGAUCCCAUUACCGGUGCCAGCAUGGACAUUGGCGGCAAGUUCCCCAACCGUUCGCGCGGUGGGUACUCGGGCGGUCAGACAAGCUAUGGAGGCGGCGGUGGUGCAUCUGGUGGGCGAACUCCUGGAUGGGGCACCUCUGGUGGUGGUCGUACGCCUGGCUGGGGAGGCAGUGGCAGCGGAGGAGCUGGUGGCCGCACACCAGGCUGGGGAGGUAGCGGAGGCGCUGGUGGGCGAACACCCGGCUGGGGUGGAGACGGCGGACGUACAGCCUAUGGCGGAGGAGACGGUUCACGAACUGCUUAUGGUGGUGGUGAUGGCUCUCGAACAGCAUACGGCGGCGCAACUGCCUAUGGCGGUGCGACAUCGUAUGGCGGAGGAACGGCAUAUGGUGGCAACGACGGCAACCGUACAUCAUAUGGUGGUUUCAGUUCGGGAGGGCGAACACCCGCAUGGGGUGGAUCACCUGGCAACGCCGCCUCGAAGUCGGGAGGUCUGUCUGCUCCUACGCCUGGGGCAUACAACGCCCCUACUCCAGGUGCGUAUGCCGCUCCCACACCUGGCGGAUAUGGUGCAUACUCUGCACCUACACCGGGUGGCCCACCGAUGGACGCUCCUACGCCAGGCAACUACUCUGCGCCGACACCAGGAGAUAGCUCUGGUGGCAGAUACGGUGCUGCUACCGCACCUACACCGGGUGGUUGGGACGUCGCAACGCCAGCGCCAAGUGGUGACCCAGGAUAUGAUUAG